UUCACGAAAAUCUUUCAAAAGGCGCGCUUUAACCUUCUCUCCAUUUUCUCUCUCUACAUUCCAACUCCUCUCCACCCCCACUCUGCAAACAUCCUUUCAUGGCUCAGCCUGUGGAAGCCAUGAUAUCCAAAACCCACCUACUCAUUCAUGGAGCAGAGGCUUACUUCAUUGCUUCUCAAUAGCAAGAAACCAGCCAAUUUAAAGAAAACCCAUGCUUUAGUCAUCGUCCAUGGCCACUCGAGCCUCCUUCUCUGGAACGCCAUUAUCAGAGCUUAUGCACAUAACAAGCUCAUCACUGAUGCAUUCAUGGUGUACAGGCACAUGACCCAGGUACCAUCUCUGAAACCCAAUAGCCUUAGCCUCACAUUCCUUCUCAAUUCUUGCAGAAACCCUAGUUUCCUUGGCCAUGGCAGAGCCAUCCACUCCUGUAUCCUCAAAACCCAAUUCAAACCCAAUCUCUUCACCCUUAAUAUAAUGCUGAACAUGUACUUGAAAUGUGGUGAUAUGCGCUCCGCAACCAAAGUCUUUGAUGCAAUGCCUCAAAGAAAUGCGGUUUCUUGGAACUCCAUGAUCUCUUCGCAAAUCGCGAUUGGAGAGGUCGAAAAUGCAAGAAAGCUUUUUGAUGCCAUGCCCAAGAAAACCAUCAUCUCUUGGACCUUGAUGAUAUCAGGCUAUGCCAAGGUGGGGAACAUGGGUUCAGCUCGAUUCUUGUUGGAUCGAAUGCGUUUCAAAAACUUGAUAUCAUGGAAUUCAAUAAUAGCUGGUUACGUUAGGAACUUUUGUUAUGAUGAUGCUUUGAAAGUGUUUAGAGAGAUGCUAACAACUGGUCUUGAACCUGAUGAGAUCACAUUUUUAGCUGUUCUCCCUGCUUGUGCCUGUCUAGGCUCAGUGGAUCUUGGCCGAUGGGUCGAUGCAUAUUUGGACAAAAGAGAUUUCAAGUUAACUUUGGCAAUUGGUAAUGCACUAAUGGACAUGUACGCUAAAUGCGGAGACAUUGAGAGCGCAAAACGAGUGUUUCAACGCAUGCCUGAAAAGUGUGUAAUUAGCUACACCACCAUUGUUUCAGGGUUUGCUAUGAAUGGAAAGAGUGAAGAAGCCUUGGCUCUCUUUGAGACCAUGGCUAAUAAAGGGAUUGAGCCUGAUGAUGUUAUCUUCAUUUCCCUUUUAUCCGCAUGCUCCCAUUCAGGGUUGGUCGAUCAUGGUUGUCAGAUUUUCGACCGGAUGGUGAGAGAAUUCAAAAUCAAGCCAAGGAUUGAGCACUACGGGAGCAUGGUUGAUCUCUUGGGCCGUGCUGGAUUGUUGCAGGAAGCACUCGAGUUCAUUCAUAAAAUGCCUAUGAAGCCUAACGCUGUGAUAUGGGCCACUUUGCUUGCAUCUAGCAAGAUUCAUGGGAGUCAAAAUCUCGCUGAUAUUGCGACAAAGAAUAUCCGAGAAUUGGAGCCUGAUAAUUCAGGCUACCAAGUUCUUGUAUCGAAUGUUUAUGCAGCCACUGGGUUGUGGGAUGAUGUAAGGAGUUUGAGAACAAGGAUGAGAGAGAUGCAAAUGGCUAAGACACCAGGUUGUAGCUUGAUUGAGGUAAAUAAUUCUGUUCAUGAAUUUUUGUCUGGAGACAGGACCCAAUUCCAAUUUGAGGAUAUCUACUCUAACUUAGAAUGGAUUGAGUGAGAAAUCCAAAGUGGUAGACCUUUUUCCAAGCUUAAGGGCUCUGCAAUGCUCAUUUGGACAAUAUUUACAUGGUGUAUGUGGAGGCUCAUUCACAUCUUUGAAGAAAUUUUCAGCCUCUGCCUGCCAAUACACACUGCUGGUGACAUACAUGGCGCAAGGAGAAUUCAGAAGCUGACAGUCUCGCUAAGAAGGGAGCACCUUCAGGCAUUCUGGGACCUUUUUGAGCUUUUGUCCCCAGAUGCUUCCAAUCUUUUGGGGGUUUUGUUGGCUGUAUAGCAAUUUUUUGUUUUAAUUUAUUUUGUGCAGAGCGCCCUGUCUGCAGGCGGCACAUAUUUUGUAUCUUUCAUAGCAAUCAAUAUAACAGUAUAACCAUGAACUUUAUUUCAAAUAUAUUGACAAAGUGAAAGAGGUCAAUGUUGCUCUGUGGGUGACAUCUACAAAUACUUCAAGGCUCAAUGUUGCUCAUUUAUGGUUAAGCCUUGCAGGAUUAGUUUGUUCACCUUGCUGCACUUGCUCUCAGAUCAAAGACAGGUAGAGAUCACAUUUUAGCAUGAAUCUCAAGGAUGAGGAAUUGGACUUCCAUGUUAUCUUGAGAAGGUGUAUGUUUCCUCAUGUCAGAAAGCCUAUUGACACAGGCUUGCAUGGUCAUGAGGAAGUAGCAACUGAAUCUCAGACCAAUUUUUUUAUGCUGAGUAGUGGUUGAGUCAAGGAUCCCUUUCUGUUCAUUUGUGGAAGCCCUCGCCCGACAUAGGUACUUGCUUCUGGUUGGUUGGGUCUAUGUGAUUGAGUUCUGUCGAGUAUUCAUUUUCAAAGGCAAGUUCUUGUAUUAAAAAAGGUGCUCUAUGUAUGUGAAGGACAUGGAAAAUGUGAACAAUUUGUUGAAGCACUGCCUUUUCCGGAGUUGAAUUCAGUGUUCAUUUGGCUACCUUGAGAGUUGGGUAGUUCUAACCAGUAGAGGUAGAAAAGGAGCACCAUGAGAGAACAUUGAUUUGGUAAUGUGCAAUUAAUGAAGCAAACAAGGCAAGGGGCUCUUAUCCUCAGGAGUUCAAAGAGUGGAAGAGGAGCUCUUGUCAACGUCAUCAUGACCAAAUCGAUCACCAAAGAAGGAAACCGCCCGAAGGCUUUUUAAGACAAAAUAAUUUUAUUCAGGAGUUUGGUUCUUCUAAGGCAAAGUUUGUUGCCAGCUCCAAUGGGAAUCUGUGGCCAUCUGGUAUAAGAGGCUUUUUCAGGGAUGCAAAAUCGUGAGGUUGUAAGGACUCAUAUUUCCUACAAUAUAUUUUUAGUUCUAAA